GUUUUAACGCUGGAACGAAUUCUGCGGACCAAUAUUAUCCACGGACUCAAAUAGUCACGUACUGCUUUACAGCGCUUAUUCCUGUUCUCUGCCUGAAGUAGGGAGAAGUGGUUGCUUCCGAAAAUUGUGAAAGAGGAUCAUUUCAACAAACAAUGGAUACUGAAGAGAAGACCUAUGGAGGUUGUGAAGGGCCAGAUGCUAUGUAUGUGAAGCUGAUCUCCUCAGAUGGCCAUGAAUUUAUUGUGAAGAGAGAACAUGCAUUGACCUCCGGCACAAUCAAAGCCAUGUUGAGUGGCCCUGGUCAAUUUGCUGAGAAUGAAACCAAUGAAGUAAACUUCAGGGAGAUCCCUUCUCAUGUCCUUUCCAAAGUGUGCAUGUACUUCACCUACAAAGUUCGCUACACCAACAGCUCAACAGAAAUCCCAGAAUUCCCCAUUGCACCAGAGAUAGCGCUGGAACUUCUGAUGGCUGCGAACUUCUUAGAUUGUUAAAUGAACAUCAAAAAGCUAACUAUUUAAAGUUGUUUUUGUAACUUUUUGUGUUUCUUGUUUUGUUUAACUUGUUUGCCAUAUACUUGAGGUACAGGUAUAAAAAUCUGCAGUUUAACAUUGGUUUUUGCACAAGACAACCUAUUCAGUUACUAGAUUUAAUCUUGUAGUAAGCAAGAAUUAAAUUUUAAUAUAAUAAACUGAUAUGUCUGUCAAA